UGGCGCCGGCGGUCUCUCGGCCGAGGCUGCGGCGCGGGGACCGCACGAACCCGCGUCAGCCUCCGCGUCCCGCUCGGCCGCCCUCCUGGGCCCCGUGGCCCUGGGCUGUGGCGGGAGGGAAGAUGCCGCAGCCCGAGCGUCGGAAGGCCGCGGCCCUGGGCUGCGCGCAUCGCGGAAACUGAAAAUGGCCCUUCAGCUAUGCUAGGUCUAUAAUGGGAAGUGUCACACUUCGAUAUUUCUGUUAUGGGUGCCUUUUUACAUCUGCGACCUGGACAGUUUUGCUCUUUGUUUACUUUAACUUCAGUGAAGUGACUCAGCCACUUAAGAAUGUGCCCAUCAAGGGGUCUGGUCCCCACGGACCAUUUCCCAAAAAAUUCUACCCCCGUUUCACACGAGGUCCAAGCCGAGUGUUAGAGCCACAGUUCAAAGCAAAUAGAAUUGGUGAUGUGCUGGGUAAUCACAUUGAAGAUCCAGAAAAAGACCACCUGAAAUUCUCUUCUGAGUUGGGCAUGAUUUUCAAUGAACGUGAUCAGGAGCUGAGAGACUUGGGCUAUCAGAAACACGCCUUUAAUAUGCUCAUUAGCAACCGCCUGGGCUACCGCAGAGAUGUGCCGGACACCAGGGAUGCCGCGUACGUCCGUCCCACUUCCUUUCUGCUCGUGGAAUUUGGUGAUGCUGCUUUUAGUGCUGGUCUGAGUCAGAAGGGUGGUGGGCUUGGGCUUUCCACUUCUAUUAUCCUGGAAGCCCUGUGGUCUGAGGUUUGCUGACAAGGUCCUGGAGCUUUCUGUGUCCUGAAAUUUCCUUACAUGAGAAGGAGGAAGGGGCUGCAGAUUAAAUAACCUGAACCUAAGCUCAUUUUAAAUGUUUAUUUUUUUGGAGUUAUGGCAAAAGGAAAUUAGAGUCGGUAAGGAAUUUUUCACUUAUAAUCUUUACAGUUUCAUUUUUUUCUUUGAAAGGCUUUUUCAUUCCACUGUCAGACAUUUGUUGAGGCUUUCUGUUUGCUAAGUACUAUUAGGCCCUGGAAAUCAGAAGUAUUAAGACGUAAUCUCUGGAUUCCCAGGGCUUGGGGUCCAGCAGGGGAGGCAGAGGAGUGAGCAGGGCAACGCAACAGCACAUGGGGAGGGGCUGAGGUGGGAAGCAGGGAAGUGGGGACCCGGUGCCUGGGCAGGUCAGGCCUCAUGGAGGUCAGAGGCCUUUCCAUAUGAAGGAACAGCUGGUGGAGAUGCUCAGGACGCUCAAGUCUUACAAGGUUGCCAGGACUGACCCAAAGCCCUCGGGCUCUGCGGGAGAAGAGCAGAGGCCGGCUGACCCGCAGGACUGCCAUGUGGAUGCCGUGGAGGGAAUCAGCACUCUGGAUUGCAGGCUUCCUAGUCUGUCGUCACAGCCACCUCACUCUUAUCCAGUAGUGCUCACUUGCAAACUCUUCUGUUGUCUUGAGACACUGUGGGCUUGUCAUCAAACCUUUUGGUAAUAUUGAGCAAAAAAUAACCAGUUUCAAAUGUUUUCCUUUGAUGUUUCUUGUUAGGGUCUGUAAACAAGUCAGGAUGGCGCCUGGCAUUUUGCCAGGGGGAGUGGUUUGUGAAGUAACGCCAGCGAGCCAUUAAGUGUGGAGAUUCCUUAUUGGUUGACUGCUGUAUCUAGUUUAUGUUAAUGGACUGAGACAACAAACUGUAAUCUACAACAAAUUGUAACUCGGUAUCUUUGCUAACGGUGUCAUUGCUGGUAUAAUUUUUCCAAGGGCUUCUUGCAUGGAGCCAUCAAUUGGCUUGGUAUUGUGCGUUUUGUAUCCUCCCCUUCUGCUUGUAGCAGAUUAUUUAUGGUGUUUCUGUAAAACACCACUAUGGUCGUUAUUUAAAUUAAACAAAAGGGGGAAAUGUUAGGGUCUGUAAACAAGUCAGGAUGGCGCCUGGCAUUUUGUGAAGAAACGCCAGCGAGCCAUUAAGUGUGGAGAUUCCUUAUUGGUUGACUGCUGUAUCUAGUUUAUGUUAAUUAAGAUAAGCUGUGUGGAAUGUAUAUAUACCCCUCCUGUCCUACAAUAAACG